AUGUCCACUGAUCUCAAACAACUCGAACAACUUCUCGCUGGAAAGUCAUACGUUGACGGCUUCCAACCCACCUCCGCCGAUGUUGAGGUCUUCAAGGGUCUCGGUUCAGCCCCCGAAGCCACUUAUCCUCACGUAGCAAGAUGGUACAAGCACAUCGAAUCAUACUCAUCAGAGUUCGACACCUUACCUAAAGGAACCAACCCUCUCUCCGCUUCUUCAUCUGCUCCUGCCGCUGCUCCUGCUGAUGAGGAGGACGAUGAUGAUGAGGUCGACCUUUUCGGUUCCGACGAUGAGGAAGAUGAUGCCGAAGCUGAACGAAUCAAGGCCGAGCGAAUCGCUUCAUACAACGAAGCCAAAGCUGCCAAAACAGCUGAGAAACUCGCUGCUGGUAAAACCCUCGAAGUCGCCAAAUCAGUCGUUACCCUACAAGUCAAACCUUGGGAUGACGAGACUGAUAUGGCAGCUUUAGAGCAAGAAGUCAGAGCUAUUGAGAAAGAAGGUCUCGUCUGGGGUGCUUCGAAACUCGUACCGGUCGGUUACGGUAUUCGAAUGCUCCAAAUCACCCUUGUUAUCGAAGAUGCCAAGAUCUCUCUUGAUGAACUUCAAGAGGAGAUUGCUGAGAUCGAGGACCACGUCCAAUCCUCAGAUGUCGCUGCUAUGCAAAAACUUUAA